GCCUAAUUUGGUCAUAUUCCGCGGUAUAAAAUUAUCCCAAACCUGUUGAUUUCUCCAUUACCACUCUAAUUAAGCAGCAGCCAUUGAGAAGUAUUAGGAGUCUUAAAUCAUGCAAUCCACACUCAUCACUCCCUUUUCACAAAACAUAGCCUCAUUACCAUUUCAGUGCCGGAAUCCGACACAAAAAAUCAAAUUCCGGCAAAAUGCAAUCUCUGCCGUCGCAGUUUCAGCACCAGCACGGAGGCCACCACCCGUUACUCACUCAAUGCCACCAGAAAAAGUUGAAGUGUUCAAAUCACUAGAAGGAUGGGCAAAAACAUCAAUCUUACCGUUUCUGAAGCCGGUAGAGCAAUGUUGGCAACCAUCUGAUUUCUUACCUGACCCGACGGACCGCACCGAUGCAUUUUUCGACGAGGUACGGGCAUUACGUGCACGAACGGAUGAAUUGCCUGACGAUUACUUUGUGGUGUUAGUCGGGGAUAUGAUUACGGAAGAUGCACUGCCGACGUAUCAGACCAUGAUAAAUACACUUGAUGGGGUUAAAGAUGAGACUGGUGCAAGUGCAGGACCUUGGGCUGUGUGGACUCGAGCUUGGACUGCUGAAGAAAAUCGACAUGGUGAUUUGCUGAAAACGUAUUUGUAUUUGUCAGGCCGAGUCGAUAUGCAUAAGAUUGAACGUACUGUCCAGUACCUCAUCGGCGCCGGCAUGGAUCCAGGAACCGAAAACAAUCCGUAUUUGGGAUAUGUGUACACAUCGUUUCAGGAGCGUGCGACAUUCAUAUCACACGGCAACACUGCGCGUAUGGCGAAAGAAGGAGGCGACCAAAUACUUGCAAGAAUAUGCGGUACAAUUGCAGCUGAUGAGAAACGACACGAGAAUGCCUACUCAAAAAUCGUCGAAAAGCUGUUAGAACUUGAUCCAAAUGGAGCAAUGUUAGCUAUAGCUGAUAUGAUGAGAAAAAAGAUCACAAUGCCAGCACAUUUGAUGUACGAUGGCCAAGAUCCUAAACUCUUCGAACAUUUCGCAGCCGUUGCACAGAGGCUCGGUGUGUACACAGCACAGGAUUAUGCUGACAUAUUGGAGUUUCUAGUGGGGAGAUGGAAACUAGAGAAAAUUGAAGGGGGUUUGAGUAGUGACGGAAGAGAAGCGCAAGAUUUCGUUUGCGGAUUGGCACCUCGGAUUCGGAAAUUGCAAGAGCGAGCUGAUGAGAGAGCAAAAUCAAUGAAGAAGGCUGGUCGUCAUUGUGCAAAGUUUAGCUGGGUUUUUAACAAAGAAAUUGCCUUGUUGUAGAGGAAGUGGUAGGAUUUUGUGUUUUUGAAUAUGUCCUUCUUGUAAGCCCCUUUUCUGCAGUAGUUAAUAAAAACAGUCCAUGUUUUAGCCUUUCCAAA